UGAAUAAUGGGAGCGUAAGAAGCUGUCAACUGUGCGUAAGAAUACAAAAAAUUGAUGUGAUAAUUGUCGGUAUUCAGUGCAGUGCAGUGCAAUACAAGGCAGAGGGAAGGAAGGAAAAGAAGGAAACGAAGUGAAAUUUGGUGGGAAAUGGGGGCCAUGAUGGAACGGGUGGACGGGCAUUAGCCACAAAUUGUGGGUCCGCCCAAGCCCAGGGACGAACGACUCUUUUUCUUCUUCGUCUUUGAGACGGGGAAGAAGGUGCAGUGAAGACGCCAUAGCAUUAUCUACUGAGUAUUUUUUAUAAGUUUUUCUGGGGGGCCGGUGGGGUAAGAGGAGCGAGUGGUGUAGUGGUCGAGUGGUCGGAUUGAUGAGGUGGGCCGAUCGAAUCCCAUCCGCCGCGAGCUAUGACGUUAGAUCGAGCCUGAUGGUGCGGAUUCGGGGGUUUUGAGAUAUGGAACACGAUGAACAACGUUCAGAUCGGGGAAAGACGGAACAGAGAGGAGUUGUGCUUCAGUCGCACCGGGUCAUGGAAGGGUUGCAGCUCGGCGGCGGCGGCGGCGGCGGAGGAGGAGGACAGGGUGGGUUGAUGAGCGGUGGUGCCGCCAUGGCGGCGGCGAACAAUCGAAUUGGUGGAGGGACGGGGUAUCAGGAGCAGGUGACGGGUGUGACGGGUGGGGCUGGAGCUUUGGCUUGCAGAGCAGGAGGAGGAGGGGAGGAGAAGGGGCAGGGGCAGGCGGGGGAGGUGGGGGAAGUGAAGAAGGUGAAGAAACCGACAAAGGACCGGCAUACGAAGGUGGAUGGGAGGGGGAGGAGAAUCAGGAUGCCGGCCACCUGUGCGGCGAGGAUCUUUCAGCUAACGAGAGAGCUGGGGCACAAGUCGGACGGAGAAACGAUUCAGUGGUUGUUGCAGCAGGCGGAGCCCACCAUAAUGGCAGUGACGGGUACCGGGACCAUCCCGGCCUCGGCUACGAACAUGGCCGGGUCGAUCCGCGGGUCGGGGAGCGUCAUGGGCGGCCGGGCGUCGACGUCUUACGGGUCCCUCGGCUUGGGUGUCCGUGGGGAUUCGGAGUCUGCGGAGCGGAGAUUUAUGAAGGGGUUUUCCAGCGCAUUUGGGCCAGAUGGAGGAGGGGUCGUUGGAGUGGGAGGAGGAGGAGGAGGAGGGGAGGGUUUGGAUGAAUCAGAAGUACGAGGGGGGAGUGGAUUCUUGACGGGUGCGACGGCGGGGGCUAAGUAUGGGCCGGGAGGAAGUCAGGCAGCGGGUCUGAUGCCGUCUGCCAUGUGGACAGUGGCUCAGCCCAGUAGUAGAUCGCCCAUGCCCGGGGCUAUUUGGAUGCUACCCGUGACAGCCGGCUCCUCGGGCGCUGCUCCACCCGCCAAUCUCGGACCUCCGCCGCUUCUCUCCUCCGACCAAUGGACAUCUUACCGCCCUGUGUCGUCUACCCGAGACCACACCGCCACCACUUCCACCACCAAUUCCAACAUCAACAACAACAAUAGCAGCAACAACAGCAACAGCAGCAGUGGUAAUAAUAAUAAUAAUAAUAAUCUGGCGUCCAUGAUGCCUCAGGUUCUUCCCGGUGGGUUUACUCUCAUGCCCAGAAUCAACAUCUCAGGCGCCAUGGGACUCGAACUCCAGACCGCCCACUUGGCCUCCGGUGGGCAUCACCAUAUGCCCUUGCCAAUGAGCAUGAGCUCCAUGCUUUUGCAGCAAGGCGGCCUUGGCCUUGGCGGCGAUGGGGCAGCGCAGUAUGGGAUAAUAGCGCCGCUUAAUGCGUAUAAUAACCCUGGUGUGAGGUCAUCUGGGGGUAAUCCUGAUCAUUAUGAUCACCAGAGGCAGCAACAAGAUGGCGGCAAUGAGGAUCAUCAUCAUCAUCAGCAGCAGCAGCAGCAGCAACAGCAGUAGUUAGAAGCAAUGAGGAAAAUACAUGAUUACAGUGACUGUGUGUGUGAAUUGUGAGCAUACAAUAUUAGUGGAUUGGAGUUUCGAGGCGUAUGUGAGGACCUCGGAAUUUCCAGAGGGGCAGGAACAGGUUGUGAAUUUAGCGAGUUCGGAGAUUAAUCUAUCGAGUCGCAGUCGCAUUGCACCGUUCUUUCCUGAGUAUUCAACUCUUGGGAAGCAGUGGAAGCGGAUUGGAGGCCGCAUGAAGGCGUGAUGACACCUAUAUAUAGGUACAUGUUUGGAACUCUUUUCUCUUCAUUCAACUGCAAUGACGAGAUAAUGAUUCCCCGGCAGGAGUCCUCGUUGAUACGACGGAUUGGACGUAACAGAUAAUACUGAGUUUCUACAGUGAGUCAGUCCUAUAUCGCGUAAUCCUAUAGAAGUAUAGAGUACGGGUGAGUAUUAUUAUUAUUAUUAUUAUUAUCAUCAUCAUCAUCAUCAUCAUAUUACGCAUUUUAUGGCAGGGUUUGCUUGCAGUGCAGUUGAUUAUUUGUGUGUAGAGAAGCUUUUAACGGCCUCAUUUUAAUUUCUAUUUACUUGGCUUUGUACGAGUAAAAAAAUAAUAUGGUAUCUUUGUAACGGCGAUGUUUCUACAUAUAGAAGAUUAGAGAGAAAUUAAAUUUGUUUACUGUGCUCAAUGGGCUCAGAAUUGAGUUAUAAUGCUAUCUAGGUCCCCCCUUGUUUCA